GACUAUAGCUCCGGUAGGUGGCUACCACAAAGAUGAAGUUUGACAAUUGUGUUUUUUGUAUCACUGAGGAACAACAAAAUUGACGGAAAUGGCGACACAAAAACCCGUAGAAUGGGUAUCUUCGUUGAUUAUUCGUUUCGAAGAACAGUCGGCGGUGGGGAUCUCUGGGUCCAUUCAUACAUUCGCCAUGGGAUUCUGUAGCCGUGCGUAGGCGCAUGCUAGUGUAUUGAUUGCGGCUCGUUCAGUUUCAUUCACAAUGGAUGUGUUUACAUUCAACUCAAAAUAUAACAUCAACCAUCUCAGUUAUACUGAUAUUAUUCCUUUUUUUUUAGUUACCUUAUCGCACAGGACCCCAAACAUCACAUGCCCGUCAAAUGGUGGAGCAAAAUAAGGAGUGUCUCAUCCAAAUUAGCAAAUAUAAAUUUUCUCUUGUGAUAUCAGGACUUACAAAGAUUUUACAGAGAGUUAAUGAAUCAAGAACACAUGGACCUGACUAUGAGAAAAAUUAUUAUGAAUCUUUGUUAAUUGUAUUAGACACUUUAGAGAAAUGCCUAAGUGGUCAACCAAAAGACACAACAAGGUUUGAUGAAGCCAUGAAUGUUAAACUGCUACUGCGAGAAAUCUGCCAAUUCAUUGAUUUGCCAAAUGAAAACCCUAUGGUUAACCAGCUUAAAGCUUUAGCUUCAAAAGUUUUAUUUGCUCUUAGUCUUAACAAUUUCAAUGCUGUUUUCAGCCGGAUAUCAUCAAGACUACAAGAAUUAAGUUCAUCCAACGAAGAAAAUCCUGACUUAAGUGACAUCGAACUCAUCCAACACAUUAAUGUAGAUACUAUACGACUUAUAAAAUUGUUGAACGAGACAAUAUCAAAAAGUAAGCUAUUAAGAAAAUCGGUGCACCUAGUUUUGAUCGCCUCCCUAGAAAAAGCUAUUUGGAAUUGGAUGGACACGUAUCCGCAUGAGUUCACCGAAAUUCAAAAAUGUCCUAAUGCGGAUUUAUCCAAGUGUUGUGAGCAGCUAUUUGACAUACUUGAUUCAUUUGCCGAAAAUAAUAAGCGACGGGCGGCUGUAUGGCCGUUACAAAUCAUGUUGUUGGUUAUAUCACCUAAAGUGUUGGAAGAAAUUGUAAACGCAGACUCUGGAGCACCUUGUUCUCCUCGUCAUUCGCGUAAAAAGACAUUUCUAGACUCCCUCAAAAAAGCCCUCGCUCCCCACAGCUCUAGUCGACAAUUGACAGAAGCCGCUGCAGUCACUGCUGUCAAGCUCUGCAAGGUUUCCACUUACAUUCACUUCUUGGAUUCCGGCAAUGUUGUUUUCGCACUUGUUCAAUCUGUUCUCAACGAUUUGAAGGUGUUGCUGUUUAAUCCGGGCAAGCCAUUUUCCCGCGGGCAGGCGUAUAUGAAUCAAGACAUUGAUUUAAUGAUUGAUUGUUUCGUUUCUUGUUUUCGCAUCAAUCCCCAUAACAACGAAGCUCUCAAAGUCUGCCUCAAUCCACACUCACCUCCAACGUUUCACUAUGUGCUCGUCGCUUCCCUCUAUAGGAUUAUAACGCAACAACUAUUGUCAUGGUGGCCACACAUUGACCUAAUGUACAACAAAUCAGCCGAAUUGCGGGCCAUGUUUAUCGACACAUUGACGAAAGUCACGCAAGGUUGCAUCUCUCACACUCCACUUCGAAUGAUACAAUUGUGUCAGAGUCUUACACUGAAAGAAAAAGUCAACCCGCUAAAAAACUUCAAGGAAAAAGCAUCGGAGGAGGGCCCUUCGUACAAAAACUUAUUGUUGUCCAUGGUCCGACUGAUUCAUGCUAAUCCACUACUCAUGUUGAACAACCAAGGAAAAGCUGGACAUGAGAUUCAGAGUUCUACACUAGAGUUAAUCAAUGGGCUAGUUUCACUGGUUCAUCAACCUAAUAUGGCCGACAUGGCGCAAGAGGCUAUGGACGCUCUUCUUGUUCUUCACCAGCCAGAGAAGAUCGAGAUGUGGAACCCUGAAGCUCCAAUUAACACCUUUUGGGAUGUCAGUUCGCAAGUUUUAUUCAGUAUAUCACAAAAGCUGAUACAACAUCAAAUUGUGAAUUAUACUGACAUAUUACGAUGGCUACGCGAGGUACUGACAUGUCGAAACUCCUUUCUGCUUCGCCAUCGAGACUAUGCUAACGUAGGUAGUCAGGUCAGCGUGGCGAAGCAAGCACACAUCAAACUUGAGGUGGUGUUUUUCCUCUAUCUCUGGAGUAUUGAUAUGGACGCCGUUCUCGUUUCGAUGAGUUGUUUCAACCUACUGUGCGAAGAAGCUGAUAUUCGUUGCGGAAGUGAUGACGUGACCGUCACGUACUUGCUGCCCAAUUACCACGUGUAUCAGGAACUUGCCGCCGCUUCCACGGUUCUUACAACUGCCGGCUUGGAUUCUCGUGCUCCCUGCCAACAACUACAGCACGGUCGUGCUGCCUUACAGAAACGAAUCAUGACGCUCCUGCGAAAAAUUGAACAUUGUACGCCUGGAUGUCUGCAGGCUUGGGAAGAUACAUUUAAAAACUGGGAUAUCGCCACGAAGCAGUUACAGUCCUAUCCGAAGGCCCGCGUCGAAGAAGGGCAAACAAACGAAUCUUUUCAUCGAUCAGCUGGAAAGCGAAGAGCAUCUCAUCAGAGCACAGAACACGAACUUGAAGAUCAAGUCAAUGAAUGGGCCAACAUGACGGGCUUUCUUUGUGCGCUUGGAGGAGUGUGUCUGCAAAGGCGCUCGCCACGACCAAUUUUAUCAUCAACAUCUACUUCUUCGGGAGGAGUAAUUGACAGGAAAUCCAACCUUGCUGUGAAUGCCUUGAGCCAGCUACAAGAUAAUAAUCAGUACUGCCCGGUGACCUCGUUUGUGGGACAUUUAUUACGGCUUUUGCUCUGUGCCAAUGAGAAAUUUGGUGCCCAAAUCCAGAAACACGUCAAAGAGCUAGUAGGCCAUGAAAUGGCUCCAGCUUUAUAUCCAAUCCUCUUUGAUCAGAUCAAGGCACUAGUGGAAAAAUUUUUCGAUCACACUGGCCAGGUGGUGGUCAAUGAAUCACAUACGCAGUUCAUCGAGCACGUCAUUUUCAUAAUGAAAAAUGUGCUAGAGAACAGCAAUAACAAGAAUGACACUCCCGCCGAGCAUUUGGGAGUCACCAGCAUAGAAGGCAUGAUGCUGGCGAUUGUUCGGUAUGUUCGGCAUUUAGAUACCACUGUUCAUGCGAUACACAUCAAAACGAAACUGUGCCAAUUGGUGGAAACGAUGAUGGCUCGUCGAGAUGAUUUGGCCUUCCGUCAGGAGAUGAAGUUUCGUAAUAAACUAGUCGAAUACCUCACCGACUGGGUCAUGGGGAACUCGCAUCAAAUUGCUCCACCCAGUUCUGGCGACGUUAGCUCUAUAACAAGGGAUUUGGAUCAAGCAUGCAUGGAUGCGGUUGCGGCUUUAUUGCGGGGCUUGCCACUUCAGCCGGAAGAAUCAGACCGUGGCGAUCUGAUGGAAGCCAAGUCACAAUUGUUUCUGAAAUACUUCACCCUUUUUAUGAACCUCUUGAAUGAUUGCACCGACGUUUCUGAAAUUGAAAAAGAAGUUGGUGCCCGCUCCCGAGUCGGAGUUGCUGUGGGAGUUGGUGUCGGUGCCGUGGCUGUAGCAGCAUCUCGGCUAGCAAACCUGCGCAACUCUACUAUUCAGGCUAUGUCAAAUCUUCUUAGUGCCAACAUUGACUCUGGCCUAAUGCAUUCAAUUGGUCUUGGCUACCAUAAAGACCUCCAGACUCGUGCAGCAUUCAUCGAAGUAUUGACCAAAAUACUUCAGCAAGGAACCGAGUUCGACACCUUGGCGGAAACAGUACUUGCAGAUCGCUUUGAGCAGCUAGUUCAGCUUGUUACUAUGAUCGGUGACAAAGGCGAAUUACCAAUCGCUAUGGCAUUGGCAUCGGUUGUUGUCACCCCACAAAUGGAUGAGUUAGCCAGAGUGUUUGUGACACUUUUUGAUGCAAAGCAUUUGUUAGCCCCGCUGUUAUGGAAUAUGUUCUACAAGGAGGUCGAAGUUUCCGAUUGUAUGCAAACACUUUUUCGGGGAAACAGUCUGGCUUCCAAGAUCAUGGCAUUCUGCUUCAAAAUCUAUGGUGCGUCAUAUCUGCACAAUUUACUACAACCCCUUUUGAAGCCGCUGCUUGAAAAUCCAUCCAUGAGUUUCGAAGUUGAUCCAGCGCGAUUGGACGCAAAAGAUGAUAUUAAUGAAAAUCGCAGUAAUCUAGUGACCUUAACAGAACGCGUCUUCUGUGCCAUCGUCUCAUCUGCGGAUAAGUUUCCAACACAGCUUCGUAGCAUGUGUCAUUGUCUUUAUCAGGUUUUAAGCAAGCGUUAUCCGCAAUUUCCUCAAAACAAUAUCGGAGCUGUGGGCACGGUGAUAUUUUUGCGCUUCAUCAAUCCAGCUAUCGUGUCUCCCUACGAAAUGGGCAUCCUUGAUCGACAGCCGCCUCUUACGAUUAAGAGAGGUUUGAUGCUGAUGUCCAAGACCUUACAAAAUAUUGCCAAUCACGUUGAAUUCUCAAAAGAGCAGCAUAUGCUUUAUUUCAACGAUCUGUUGAGAUCUCAUUUCGAUGCUGGACGACGUUUCUUCAUUCAAAUCGCCUCUGACUUCGAAACAGCUGAACAAGGCAGCAGCCAUUCCAUGGCUUUUAUCAGUGAUGCCAACGUGCUGGCGCUACAUCGUUUGUUAUGGAACCACCAGGAAAAAAUCGGUGAUUAUUUGUCAUCAAGCCGAGACCACAAAGCUGUUGGAAGGAGACCCUUCGACAAAAUGGCCACCCUUUUGGCUUAUUUAGGACCACCCGAACAUAAACCCGUCGAUUCUCAAUGGAGCAGUAUGGACAUGACGAGCACAAAAUUUGAAGAAAUCAUGUCUAAGCACAAUAUGCACGAGAAAGACGAAUUCAAAUCCAUAAAGUCGCUCAACAUCUUCUACCAAGCAGGCACCUCGAAGGCUGGCAAUCCUGUCUUUUAUUAUAUUGCGCGGCGUUACAAAAUCGGCGAGACGAAUGGUGAUCUGCUAAUUUAUCACGUGAUCUUAACCCUGAAACCCUUCUGCAGUAAGCCGUUCGAGUUGGUGGUUGAUUUCACCCACACUUGCUCCGACAAUCGCUUUCGUACCGAAUUUCUUCAGAAAUGGUUCGUCGUCCUGCCAGAAAUUGCCUACGAAAACAUACACGCCUGCUACAUUUAUAAUUGCAACUCAUGGGUUCGUGAGUAUACGAAAUACCAUGAUCGCAUCUUAGCUCCUUUAAAAGGCAAUCGAAAACUUUAUUUUCUUGACGGCCCUCAGCGGCUAAGCGAAUUUGUUGACGUGGAACAACAGAAAUUACCAGGAGCUACCCUCUCGCUUGACGAAGACCUUAAAGUUUUUAACAAUGCAUUGAAGCUAUCGCACAAAGACACGAAGGUUGCCAUCAAGGUGGGCCCAACCGCCAUCCAGGUGACGGCUGCCGAGAAGACCAAGGUUUUGUCGCAUUCUGUUUUGUUGAACGACGUGUACUAUGCAUCCGAAAUCGAGGAAGUGUGUCUUGUCGACGACAACCAGUUCACCCUAACGAUUGCCAAUGAAUCUGGACCACUGUCCUUUAUCCAUAAUGAUUGUGACAGCAUCGUUCAAGCCAUCAUUCACAUAAGGACACGCUGGGAGCUCUCACAGCCGGAUUCCGUUACCGUUCAUCAGAAAAUCCGACCGAAGGAUGUGCCUGGCACGCUGCUAAACAUGGCCCUUCUCAAUCUUGGCUCGUCUGAUCCUAACCUGAGAACGGCUGCCUACAAUUUGCUAUGCGCCCUAACAGGCACGUUCGACUUGAAAAUCGAGGGGCAAUUGUUGGAAACAUCGGGCCUUUGCAUUCCCAGUAAUAACACGCUAUUCAUCAAAUCCGUCAGCGAGAAACUGGGCCACAAUGAACCUCAUCUUACGCUGGAAUUCUUGGAAGAGUGCAUUCAGGGCUUCCGGGCUUCAACCAUUGAACUGAAACAUCUUUGCCUUGAGUAUAUGACUCCCUGGCUGCCUAAUUUAGUGCGCUUUUGCAAGCAUUCAGAUGAGACCAAACGUCAAAAGGUGGCCAUCAUUCUGGACAAGCUUAUCACUUUAACAAUUGAAGAAGUCGAGAUGUACCCUUCCAUCCAAGCAAAGAUCUGGGGUAACCUCGGAAUCGUCUCAGAACUGAUUGACAUGAUUCUUGAUAGCUUUAUCAAGCGGUCAGUGACGGGCGGGCUAGGUUCAGCCCAGGCCGAAAUCAUGGCUGACACAGCAGUUGCCCUGGCUUCAGCAAACGUUCAGCUCGUGGCACGCAAAGUUAUAGGUCGUCUUUGUCGUGUCUUAGAAAAGACUUGCACAAGCCCUACUGCGAACCUAGAGCAGCAUUUGAUGUGGGAUGACAUCGCCAUCUUGGCACGUUAUUUGCUCAUGUUGUCAUUCAAUAACUGCCUAGACGUGGCCCGCCAUCUACCCUAUCUCUUCCACUCGAUUACUUUGCUGGUGUGUACGGGCCCCCUGAGCCUUCGAGCUUCCCUUCAUGGCUUAGUGAUCAACAUCAUUCAUUCACUCUGCACUUGUACGAAACCUUCGUUUUCGGAAGAGACACGGCGCGUGUUGAACCUUUCGCUGGAUGAGUUUUCGUUACCCAAAUUCUAUCUGCUCUUUGGCAUCAGCAAAGUGAAAUCGGCGGCGGUAACUGCCUUCCGUUCCAGCUAUAGGCAUGGACCUGGAGAGCGAUCAUGGCAUAAUGUAGAACGCAGCUUCUCAGGCUCAGCUGCUUCAGAUCGUGAACGUCUCUCUCUUACUUCUCUUGAAAUUAUCACGGAUGCUUUGCUGGAAAUGCUUGAGGCGUGCGCCCGCGACAUUCCCGAAUGCGAUUGGGUCCAGGUAUGGACUACUCUAGCGAAAAGCUUUGCAUUCCGGUACAAUCCAGCGCUGCAGCCAAGGGCGCUGAUUGUUUACGGUUGUAUUAGUAAGGUGAUAACGGAUCGCGAUGUAAAACAGCUGUUGCGUAUUCUGGUUAAAGCCCUGGAAAGCUUCACUGAUACGACAUUGAUUGAUGCCAUCGUUAUGUGCUUGACGCGAGUCCUACCGCUUCUCCGACCGGAAUCGCCUAUUCAUCCGGCAGUCUUCUGGGUGGCCAUCUCAGUUCUGCAACUCGACGAAGUAUCUCUUUACGCCUCUGGUCUAGCCCUUUUGGAACAAAACUUACAUACGCUCGACUCCCAGGGUCUUUUUGAGUCACGUUCACUAGAACAGGUUAUAAUGGCGGCACGGGAACCCUUAGAAUGGCAUUUUAAGCAGCUAGACCACACUGUCGGUCUUAGCUUCAAGACGAGCUUCCACUUUGCGUUGGUCGGCCACCUUUUAAAAGGCUUCCGACAUUUGACGCCAACGACAGUCUCGCGCACAACUCGCAUUCUCAACAUGCUGCUGGCAAUCGUGGCGAAACCAAACAAACGCGACAAGUUCGAAGUGACUCCGCAGUCAGUUGCCUACCUGGCCGCAUUAGUUUCCGUGUCCGAGGAGGUUCGCGGCCGUUGUCACGCCCGGCAGCCACGAUUGCGCAGCAACAAUAGUUCUGGAUCGGGAUCAGGUUCCGGCUCAGGUUCGGUUUCUGGCUCGGCAAUGGGCUCGAACGAUCCAUUCAACGUCAGUGACCUUCGUCUUGAUCUCCAUUCUGCUGGAAUUCGGCAUAACUCUUCCACCUUGGGUGGUGGGGGAGGCAUAGGCAACCACCAAGCUGGGGGAACUGGAGCGACAACUACUACGGGUACUGGUAGUCUUAGUCCUAUCAGCAAUUACAGCUGUGCCAGCACAGCUUUGUUACAUACAUCGGCCAGCCACAAUGCGCUUUCAAGCAUCCAAGGCUCUACGCUCAACAGUCCCAUUUCAUCUGGUUCCAAUAAUUCAAGUACCACGCAUCUUCUGGUUCCGAUCGGUGGCGGAUCCUGUAGCUCUCAGACGGCACUGAUUCCUAGUCUGGUGGAUUCUGAUUCACCACCUCCCGGACGACGCCAAACGUCGUGGGAUUUGUUAGACCAGAACGCCAUUACUCAGGCUAAACAACAGCAGCAAAAGCAACAACACCAAUCGCAGCUUCAAAAUCAAUCGGCACAAGCUCAGCAGCAAGCAGACGGUCCGGGUGCAAAGGCUCUCUUCAAAACCCAACGGUCUUUCUCGGUUCCGACUACACGGGAUCAGCGGUCUUUGGAGCGCAAUGCUAGCAAUUGCCAGAAAGCUGGCGAGCGCAGUCAAUCUCCUAAUUCCAACAAUAAUGCCAACUGCACGACAGUCAACAGUAGCGCCGGCACGACAACGCCCACACCACCUGCCAGCUGUACCCGCCGACCUGAUCGAGGCUCUGUUUCUGGCGAAUCUAAUUGCCUUCUAGAUCCCGAAAUUCUCACCAACUUCCCCACCCAAGCUCUGGUGUUGACGGUGCUAGCGACUUUGGUCAAGUAUACAACGGACGAGAAUGAAAUGCGAGUCCUGUACGAAUAUUUAGCCGAAGCGUCGGUAGUCUUCCCCCGAGUCUUCCCCAUUAUUCAUUCGUUGUUGGAUGCAAAAAUCACCAAUGUUCUCUCGCUCUGUCACGAUCAGGGCAUCCUUGCCGCUGUCCAGAGUAUCAUUCAGAAUAUGAUUGCUCUUGAAGGAGCCGCUGGUGAACAACAACAACAAUUACACUAUCUGCAAAGCUGCGGAUUCGGUGGACUGUGGCGCUUUGCUGGGCCUUUCACCAAGUCCAACUGUACGGCGGAAAGCGCUGAGCUCUUCGUCAAUUGCUUGGAAGCUCUGGUAGAGACUUGUUUGCCAGCCGAAGAGGGUGAAGCCGAUCUUGCGCCCUUCCCUUCUAUGCUCAGCGUCUCCUCCAACAUGAAUCUGUCUUCUUCGCUGUCCUCCAUCACUCUAGGCUCUCCCACCGACAAAGCAAAAUAAAAAAGAAAAAGAGGAAAAAACAAACAAACAAUAUAAUUACCCUUCUAGCUCGUCAAAAAUGCCAACGAAAAAGAAGUAAACCUAACCAAGUUUGCCACUUCGCCAAUUGAUUGUUCUCAGUCUCUCCCUUUCCUCGCUCUCUGAUGGAAAAGAUUCCAGCAUUUCACCACGUUCAAAGUCAGUGUUACAAAAGCAUUGUGCGUCCCCCGAUAUGUGCGUGUUGCCCUUAUUACUGUACAGUCCUUCUUUUGACCGUUCCUUCUUUUCUCCGUGUUUCACGGCUUGGCUGUGUGUAUGUAUCGUUGUCUCCUAUUCUCACCUCCGUCUCUUUCUCGCCAGCUUUGAUGCAUUGUUCGUUUCUCGUUGAUUUAUUUCGUUUACAGCAACAACAACAACAACAACAAAAAACUGAAAAUAGCAAAAAAAAAAAUAAUAAUAAUAAUAACCAAAACAAAAACAAAAAAAAAAAAGGAGGAAAAAAAAAUCACCAUCAAGAAACCAACAGAUGAAAUUCCUCACGUUGAUGGCAAAGUUGAAGCAGAGCCUACGGCGUGUUUGUUGUUUUUUUUCACGCUUCCUAUACAUAUACAAGAUGUUAUGUAUACAUAUAUGAACAAUUCUGUUGUGUGCGCGUAAUUCGAAUCGUGGCCCCAAGAGGUGACUGUUUUGACGUAGCUAUUGUUAUAUUAACGAAUCGUGCUGGCAAAUGGCGGAAGAGUGAUCGGAAGAAUCCGAAACUUCGCAUGCAUUCACACACGUACACAUGCGCGCACGCUACCGUUGUCCGUUAUGAUCUCGCUGUUUGAAGGAAAACAAAUUUAUUUAUAAACAACUUCCCCCUGUACACUCACACACACGUUUACAGAAAACGUCGAAUGUUUUUUUUUUUUUUUUCCGUUUUUGAUGAUAAAUUUCUUCCGUUUCCAAAUGCGCUCUCCUUCGUCCACCUAUUUUUGGUUUUUAUUCUCCUUUAGUAUCUCGUCUUCGAUAUUUAACUCUUCGUCUUUCGUCAUUGUAAAGUCGUUGGUUUGAAUAUAAUCACAGUGCUACUUAAAA